AUGGAUAAGCGAGGAAAUCCUCGUGGCAGAGUCGAAAAUAAGAAUAAUAUCAAACACAUUCGAACUCCAAAGAAGCAACAAGCAAAGCUCCCAGAUCGAUUUCUCAAAAAAGAAGAAUUAGGAUCGGGAGCAUUUGGAGUUGUGUAUGCAGCUUUUGAUCAAGAAACAUCUAAAACAGUCGCAAUUAAAUGCCUUAUAAACAAUGAAGCAAUUGAAGACUUUCAGGAAGAAUUAACAUUACUUAAACGUCUUAAGCAUCCUUCAAUUGUACCUUAUCUCGAUUCAUUUAAAGAUUCAAAUGGUGCUCUACACAUUGUUAUGGAGUAUGCUGAGAAUGGUUCGCUUCUUGAUGUCAUCAAAACUUACGGUCCGUUAAAUGAAAUGAUUUGCUCAAUUUACGUCGUGCAGAUAUUACAAGGUUUAGAAUAUCUUCACAAUCAAAGUAUAAUUCAUCGCGACAUAAAAGCAGCUAAUGUACUGAUGCAAGGUGACAAUUGCAAAUUAGCAGACUUCGGACUUGCUUUAGACUUAGACAAAUACGGCCAUACUCUUAGAGAGUCAGCAGGAUCUCCAUAUUGGAUGGCUCCAGAAGUAAUUAAUGGCGAUCCUGUUGAUACAAAGUGCGAUAUAUGGUCAAUCGGCGCUACAGUACAUGAAUUACUAGUUGGUAAGCCACCACUCUGGGAUUUAGCUCCAAUGCCAGCAAUGUUUCAAAUUGCAGGCCCAAGAGAUAUCCCAAUUCCAGCAAGAUUUUCACCUGAUUGCAAAGAAUUCUUGCAAUUAUGUCUUAAUAAGAACCCAAAGCUUAGACCAGAUGCAAAACAACUUUUGGCUCAUAAAUGGCUUAAGAAAGCUCAUGAAAUGCUUGCGAAGUUUAAUCCAGGGUCUCAAGUUUCUGCAGAUGAGAAUAUGAAUAUGAAGAGCAUAACUGCUAGAUUCGAAGCACUUAAUAUAUGGGAGUCAGCAGAAAAUCAUCAACCUACUCCAGAUGAAAUGUGUCAAAUGUUAAAUGAAGAUAAGACAUUUGCUCACGGCUUACUAUUAAUUGCAAGAUCUGUCCAAACUAUUAAACGCCUUCCUCAAUUAAUCCAAAAUAUUUGUGGAAUGCGCGCAAUUAUUGACGGUUUGACUAAUAAGCAAACAAAGUUGCAGACGCUCAAUCUCAUUCAAUGUAUUGUUCCAUAUGCUGAACAAAAUGCUACAAGUCUACUUCUCCACUCAGUUCCUCAAAAAUUAUUAUUUGAUGAAACCGAAAAAGGUGAUAACCUUCUUCACCAACAAAUUUCUUCUAUGGCACUAUUGUUUUCUUCAUCAAUUGGUCCUAAGUUCUGCUGCUAUUCAGGUCUUGUUAACAAAGUUGAUAUUUUGCUUUCAACUCCAAUUCUAUCUUUAUUUGUUCCAAGGCUUCUUCUCCAGAUAUUCAAUGCUCAUAUAUCAGGAAAUGUCGGAUCAAUACUACUAGCAAAUAGAGACUUAAUCAAGAAAGCAGUCUACCUUGCAUUCAAAGCCUGCCUCCAUGCAAAAGAAUAUCUUGAUUUGAUUUCGCAAAAAUUCACUGAUAUCUCACCAAUUAUAAAUGCUCCUCAACUCAAUGAAGGUGAUGAAGAGAAACUUAAUGUUCUUGGUAUACCUUCAGAAAUGAUGGGAAUUGCUAAGAACGUCGUAGCUGAUGCAAUUAGUUUGCUUCACAAAUAUUCAUUACUUUCACCAAAAUCUCAAGUAUAUCUUGCAGAAGAAUUUGAUCCAAUUUCCUACAUUAUUCAACACAAAGAGAAGUUCCCGAACUUGACAUCUAAAGAAUAUACAACACUUCUCACAAUCCUCAACAAUGUUUCAUCGAAUGUUGUUGCAAAGGAGAAAAUCGCAGCUGAAGAAUUACUUCAACCAUUGAUUUCCCAAAUCACAGGUUCAAGAGAAGAUGACAGUGCUACAAUUUUACAAAUUGUUUCGAACAUGAUUAAGAAUUCACCUGAACUUAUUGAGUCUGCAUGCGAUUAUGGCAUUUGCGUUGCACUUGAAAAAGCAAGAGGAUUAGUUGAAGCAACUGUUAGAGUUAGAGAUUUAGUUUGUGAAAUUCCAACAGUUUCUAGUUUUUGUGUUUGGAAGUUGAAAGAAACUACUUUAUAUCAAGACCUUACAGACAUGAUAGAUUUUCCAAUCUGGAAUAGGAAAGCAAUUAGAGCUCUUAGUCAUUGGGCAUCUAUGGAUUCAAGGUUUAUUUCAAAGCAUUUAGAAGGAGUUUAUGAAUCUAUUAAUCAAUUCAUUUUCUCCGAAUUAAAUGCGGCUGAAAUGAAAUCUAGUCAUCCAGAAUCAUUUGUGGAUGUUACAAGAAUAAUGCAAUAUUGUCCAAAUGUUGGUCAUAAGAUCUAUUCACCUGAAAUUAUUGAAAGAGUUAUGACAUGCUUAGGAAAAGUUGGGGCAUUCGGACAAAUACAAUUCCUUGAAUUCCUCAUUCAAGUAAUUGUGCAGUCACCACAACCUUCUCUUAUUGCUGCUUCUCUUAUACCUCAAUUGCUUCCAUUUACACAAUCUUCUGUGAUGCAAGUUCAAAAAGCUGCUCUUCGCGUUAGAAUCUUGUCUAGAUGCUAA